AUGAAACUAAGAUGCAAUGACAUUCCCGGUCUAGAUGAAUGGCUGAACGAAAGGAAAUAUUUUUCCCAUGAUAUUAUCAAUGGAUUGGCUAAGGAAAUGGCGCAUGUCAUAUUGAGAACUGAAAUCGAUGAUGUAUCUGCGAGGGAAGUACUGAAAUGGGAUUCAAGUAUUGAACAAGCUGAUCAGUAUGCUAAGAGUUUGUUGGAAGGAGCAACAGAUGAACAUGAUUUGAUGUGUAAUUGCUCAGGACUAGGCGUUUUCGGAAAAUUUUGUGAAUAUAAAUUCUCUAUAGAUCGUUUGAUGUUUGAUGAAGGUAUUACAAAGCAGUUUCAAUCAACCACUGAAGUUAGAUUUUGGUCACAUUCGCGAUGGUUAGAAUUUGAUAUUCAUGUCUUACAAGGGAACCGCCCCAAGAUGUGGAAAGCUGUAUCGUCGGUAGUGGUAAAUUGGGUUUAUUCUAAAUGUGCAUUUCUCUUCACAUAUUUAUUAGUCAAAUACAAAGGAUGGAAAUUUGACAGGGAUGCACGAAGAUUUAUGAAAGAUAAAAUUGGUCAUUUUCAAACUGGUUAUCACAUUCAAAGUGUCGAAGAAUUCAAGUUACGAUUCCCAACCUACAUGAAGUAUGAUGACUACGAGCCGUAUAUAGCUGAAAUUAUGAACUGCAAAGAGAACGUUAUGAAUGUGGGUUAUCCGAUCGCAAUUGCAAAAAGCAGUGGUACAACUGGCAAGACGAAACCAGUACCGGUUUACACAGAUCAUCUUAAUUUACCAUCGAACAAGAAAGCAAAGAUUAGUGCCAUUACAACGAUCGCUGCGUAUGAAAAACAGGAUGUGAGUAACCUGCUACAAUGUCAGAGAGUCGUGCCAGCUGAAGUUUAUGAGAAAAUUACAAAUGCCAGUGAUCUGCUGCUGCUAAUCGCCCUAUGGUCAAUGAAGAAGAAGAAACUGGAAGUCAUUACGUGUACAUUUGUAAUGACACUGCUGGCAUUCUUUACGUUGAUAGAAGAAAAGUUCGACUUGAUUUGUAAUUAUAUUGAAUUGGGUACACUUCCACCAGACGAAUCGUUAUGUUCACCCUUACCACCCGAUCUACGCCUCUCACUAGAAUCCCAAUUUCCAAAAGCAAAUCCUGCACGAGCCAAUGAACUACGUUCACUUGUUGACGUUACGGAGCACAAACCAUUUCAUCAUAUUUCAACAAAAAUCUGGCCUCACCUAAAAUGUGCCGUCUGUAUCAUCAGCUCGACAUUGAAAUCGUUUGAAUCAAAGCUGCACUCAACGUACUGGAAUCCCCAGACACCAAUAUUUCCCUACGUCUACGGUAUGAGUGAACAACAUCGUAUUGCUGUACCACGAAAAGUAAAUUCCUACGAACUCGUUCCACUCCCACAAUCAGUUUACUAUGAAUUUAUUGAAGAAGAUGAAUGGAACAAAGAAAAUCCGAACUCAUUAGAGCUACAUCAAGUCGAAGAGGGAAAAUGUUACGAAGUCGUAUUUACUACUUAUAACGGCUUAUAUCGGUAUCGAACAGACGAUAUUGUACGAAUAGUCGGACGUUAUUAUGAAUUGCCAACAUUUGAACUGACUGGAAGGUUAGUCAGUUGUUUGCUUAUGUUAGUUGAAAGAAAUCGCUCUUCACGUGUCUCUAUCUUUAUUUUAAGACGUAAUCAGUUUUUACGUAUCGCCGGUGAAAUGGUUAGUGAAACAAUGUUACGUCGAACAAUUGAUUCUCUUCUGUC